ACAUGGUAGGCGCAGCUCGAGAUCAGGCGUUCCAAGAUGAGAGCAGCUACCAUCCUAUCCGUAAUUCUCCUUCUGGCAGUUGGCAUUUUCCGCAUCUGCAUGGCUGUGACCUGCUCCGAAGAUCCCACCCUCAAAAGAUGCAUCGAUUGCAUCGGCAAUCCCACCGGUGAGGGGUGUGUGCUCGAGGCAGUCGCUGUGGCAGCAGCAAGUGAUGAUCCUUUGACCACCACCACCACCACCACUACCACCACGCGCACCCCCAGCACAACCAAAAAAUAUAUAACAAUUUGUAAUAUGAGAUAUGGGAACACUCGUCGGAUCAAUAGAACACGCAGAAACUUCACCGAAGAAAUAGAAUGCGAGUUAGAGAUUCACCUUGCACUCGAUAACGUUGAUGAGAGUGCUUAGGAACCACAAUUACCAACGGUUAUAAAUCUGGAUUCAAAAUUCCAAGUAAAACCAUUUAGGUUUACUAUAUAAAUAUAUUUGGACUCAUAUUAUGUUUAUCUACAGCUGAAAAUAUAAUAUAAUAUGGCAUCGUU